UGACAGAGGAAGAUGGCGGCGGCGUGCCUGGUGUUGCGGAGGUCGCUUGGUGGGGCAGUGCUGCAGGGGGGACGGGCGGCCUGGCCGGUGGCUCCUCAGGCCAACAUGUCCUUCUCCACUCUGUCCCGGGGCAGGAAGGUGGCUCUCUCCACAUUAGGUAUUUUGGUCGCCGGAGGCUCCGGUUUGGCGUUUGCACUCCACCAAUCAGUGAAAGCCAGUGAAUUAGAGCUCCACCCACCCUCCUACCCAUGGAGCCACAACGGACUCCUCUCCUCGUUGGAUCACGCCAGCAUCCGGCGCGGCUACCAGGUGUACAAACAGGUGUGCGCCGCCUGUCACAGUAUGGAAUACUUGGCCUUUAGGAACCUCAUCGGCGUCUCCCACACGGAAGCAGAGGCCAAAGCGCUGGCGGAAGAGUUUGAGAUUCUGGACGGCCCGGAUGAGAAUGGGGAGAUGUUCACCCGGCCCGGGAAGCUGUCGGAUUAUUUCCCCAAGCCGUACCCCAAUGACGAGGCGGCCAGAGCGUCCAACAAUGGGGCGCUGCCCCCCGACCUCAGCUACAUUGUCAAUGCCAGGCACGGCGGGGAGGAUUACGUUUUCUCUCUCCUGACUGGUUACUGCGACCCCCCCGCUGGCGUCAGUUUAAGAGAAGGACUGUAUUACAACCCGUACUUCCCCGGCCAGGCCGUCGGGAUGGCGCCCCCUAUUUAUAACGAGGUCCUGGAAUUUGAUGAUGGGACCCCGGCCACCAUGUCGCAGGUUGCUAAGGACGUCUGCACAUUCCUGCGUUGGGCUUCAGAACCGGAACACGACCAGCGCAAGCGAAUGGGCCUUAAAGUGCUGAUGAUCUCUUCCAUCCUGAUCCCACUCAUCUACUACAUGAAGAGACACCGAUGGAGCGUGCUGAAGUCCAGGAAGAUUGCCUACCGGCCCCCCAAGUAACGGCAGCCGACAGCUCAGCACCGGGAAGCCCCUCCCCCUGCGCGUUGGCCUCAGCAGAUGCCAUGGAUGAUUUGCCAGGCAACGGUCCCUUUGCUCCUCCGAGCAGGAAGUAGAUCCGGACACGGCUCCGUAACUCACAGGCGCUGCGUCCGUAUCUUUUUGUUUUUUUUAUGUUUAUUUUUUGUCUCGGGGGAAUUUUUUGUUCCUGCUUCUCUGCGUUUUCACUGUUUUUGUCCGGAAAGAACCAAACCGAGGAGGAAAAAGGGACUCGUGCGAAGAAACGAUUGUGUCCAUUACAUCCCAUUAUGGGCUCGUUAAAUUAAACAAAAAUAUAUCUUUUAAACCAAA